AUGGAUUAUAGUGUGGUCCAUGCGCCUGGUCCAUACACUAUACGGAUCCAAGGUCAAACUCAUGACAGAAUUGGCUCGCUUAUACCGCAACAAGGCCGUCUCCCUGAAUAUCUCCAGCGUUAUAUAUUUGAUACGAGCAACGAAGUUAGAAACCUCUUAAAUACGAUGGGGGAAACCACAUCAGAAGAUAAAGGGAAGGGGAAAGAAUACGAUCUUCCGAGUACGAGUGAGGUGGCAGGUCUUAUCGUGGGGGAUAUGUCAUCAACAAUUGGAGUACGAGAUAUAGUGGUCCAGUUUCAAUCUGACACUUUGCAGCAGAUACGUGAUGAUCACCCUCAAUACAUGAGCCUACAAUAUCCUCUUUUGUUUCCGUAUGGUGAAUAUGAGUUUCACCGAGAGAUCCCCCUACAUCUUGAGACAGGUACUUCAAGAACAAGGCAAUUCCUAACCAUACGGCAAUACUACGCUUCUCAGAUUCAGACACGUCUUAACCAAGGGAUGACGUUGAUUAAAGGAGGUCGUCUCCUCCAUCAAUUUGUUGUGGACGUUUAUACAACAAUUGAAGAAGAUCGACUGAGGUGGGCGAGGAAUAAUCAAGACAUUUUGAGAGCCGAGCUUUACAGUAAUGUCCUUGAUGCUGUAAGCAAAGGUAACACUGAUGCUAAAAUUAUUGGUCAGAGAUUUAUACUGCCGCCAAGUUUCACCGGCGGGCCCCGAACACCGAGUGCAGAAGAAGUGGAUGAAAUAAGUUCAGCCGGGCUCCCAGAAAAAAAGAAAGACCCAGCUGCUUAUGACUUAGCCACAAAACACAUGAUCCAUGGUCCAUGUGGGCUCUUUAAUUCGAAGUCACCGUGUAUGGAAAAUAAUGUGUGCACAAAAAAGUAUCCUCGGCCGUAUAAUGACAACACUUCGAUUGACAAAUCCGGGUAUGUGUUAUAUCGUCGGCGCCGAAACGACGAUGCGUCUACAUUAAAAGCUGGCGCAGUACUAGACAACACAUUUGUCGUACCUCAUAACAUUAAGCUUCUGAAGAAGUACGAAGCUCAUAUUAAUGUUGAAUGGUGUAAUCGUACAAGCGCAAUAAAAUACUUAUUCAAGUACAUAACCAAGGGCGUUGACCGAGCAACAGCUGUUAUUGAGAAAGAAAAUACAGCAACUACAUCUGACGCCAUGGUAUCUGGAGAAUCAAAGGAGAAAGUCGCCAGGCAACGCAAUGAGAUCCAAGACUACGUCGAAGCCCGAUAUUUAUCAGCUUGUGACUCUAUGUGGCGGACUUUCGCAUUCCACAUACACAAAAGAAAGCCUUCAGUUGAGAAGCUUAUCAUUCACUUAGAAGGCGAACAUAAUAUUAUGGUUAAAUCAACGGAUAACCUCGGCCAUGUAAUCCGCAAACCAGGUAUCGAGAAGACAAUGUUCACUGAAUGGAUGGUUUUAUGCAGAAGGUCAGAGUUUGCCCGGACAUUAACAUAUGUGCAAAUUCCUGAAUAUUUUGUAUGGAACAACAGUGCUAAGGUGUGGACUGAACGUAAGAAAGGAAAAACCAUUGGGCGAGUCGUAGCUGUCCAUCCAUCAGCUGGUGAUCGAUACUAUUUGAGAAUCCUCAUUAAUAAGAUUAAGGGUCCUAGAAGUUAUGACGAGCUAAAAACAUACAACGACGUGAAAUACCCUGACUUCAAAUCAGUUUGCCACGCCCGAGGCUAUUUGGACAAUGAUGUUGAAUGGCUCGAGAGUAUGUCCGAGGGUGCUCGAACAGCCACCCCAUACCAGCUCCGCGAUAUGUUUGUCACAUUCCUAAACAACUGUUUUGUUGCAAGCCCUAAAGGACUAUGGGAACACUCGUGGAAAUCAAUGAGCGAGGACAUACUUCACAAGAGACAAAGGAUCUUAGGUCACGCAAAUCUGGAACUGGAUGAUAAGACCCUAGAGCAAUACACGUUGAUAAAAGUAGAAAAGUUGAUGCGCAUGCAUGAUCGCUCUUUAAAUGAUAUUAAAGAGAUGCCAAAGAUCAACCCUAUUUUGCUAAAAGAAUUGGGGAACAGUUUGUGGAACCAGGAAAUGGAUUACGAUGUUGCCGAGAAAACACUAAGACAUGCCAAACAGUACAACUUAAUUAAUGUCGAGCAUCGUGCGAUCUAUGAAUCAGGGGCACAGGAAAAAUAUUCCUAUACCAAACCAUUAUAUCCAGACUUCGCUCAAGAAAACAAAAUCGUUCUCCCGGUUGCUUCUUUAGGAAUAGCCGCAUUGCUACUACCAAACGGGAGAACAGCUCAUUCUCGCUUUAAUAUUCCGUUGAAGCUCAACGAAGAUAAGCCAUGCAACAUCAAACCAGGUACAAUGCUGGCUGAACUAAUUGAGAAAAUGGACCUCAUAAUUUGGGAUGAGGCACCUAUGACACACAAACAUGCUUUCGAAGCAUUAGACAAGACGUUGAAGGACAUAAUGUCUAUGAAAAAUCCAACCGCAAAGAAUCAGAAUUUUGGCGGCAAAACAGUUAUGUUAGGUGGUGAUUUUAGACAGAUCCUACCAGUCAUUCCACAAGGUAGUACAGCUGAUAUUGUCUUAGCUUCGAUAAGCCAUUCAUAUCUAUGGAAUAGCUGCCACAAGUUCUCUUUAAAAACAAAUAUGCGAGUCAAUCAGGAUGAGAAAGAGUUUUCUGAGUGGCUUCUCAAGGUCGGGGAAGGUCGUCUAGAAUCAGGACAAGAAUAUGAGGAUGAUGGCUACCAUGACCAAUUUAUAACUAUUGAUAAAUCAUUGAUUCGUCAGAGUUAUGUUGAUCCAUUAAAAGGAGUUGUUGAUGCCGCAUAUGGAGAAGUCAACAAACCGACAAAUUCCCAUAAUUCCUACACUGAUAAAGCUAUACUCACACCACGUAAUGAAACCGUCGAUGAACUCAAUGCUUACACCAUCUCACGGACCGACGGGGAAUCAAGAGAUUACUUCAGCUCAGACAGCUUUGAGAUAUCAGAUACUACAUCAGAUCAAAAUGAUACAUUAUACGCCGUUGAAUAUCUCAAUUCCUUGGAAUUCUCGGGAACUUCACUUAAGGUGAUUAGGCAAUUCAAGGAGGAGAUGUCUAAAAAGUUCGAGAUGUCAGGUCUAGGUAAGCUAACAUACUACCUUGGCAUAGAGGUGAUUCAAGGAGCAGACGGAAUCAGAAUAAAACAAGGGAGGUAUGCUCAAGGAAUCCUGCGUGACACAAAGAUGGAAGCGUGUAACGCAACUCAAAUUCCAAUGGAGGCGAAUUUGAAGAUCUCAAAAGCUGAAGAUGAGCAAGAGAUAGAUGCUACCGAGUUCAGAAGAAUCAUAGGAUGUUUGAGGUAUCUGCUUCACACAAGACCCAACCUGUGUUACGCAGUAGGUGUUCUUAGCAGAUACAUGCACAAUCCGAGAGACUCUCACGGACAAGCCAUCAAACACAUAUUGCGAUAUGUGAAAGGAACAACAAACUACGGUCUGUUCUUCAAGAGAGAUGGGUCAAGGAGUGUCGUUGGUUAUAGUGACAGCAGUCACAACAUUGAUCUCGAUGACGGGAGAAGCACGUCAGGACAUGCAUUCUACUACGGUUCAUCACUGAUUACUUGGACGUCGCAGAAGCAGCAGACGGUUGCAUUGUCAUCAUGCGAAGCAGAAUUCAUGGCAGCAACAGAAGCAGCGAAGCAAGCUAUAUGGAUCAAGGAAUUGUUGAGUGAGAUACUAAGCAAAGAAGGCGAGAGAGUCAAGCUUAGGAUCGACAACAAAUCAGCCAUUGCUCUAACCAAGAAUCCAGUUUUCCAUGGAAGGAGUAAGCAUGUACUCAAGAAGUAUCACUUCAUUCUUGAGUGUGUGGAGAACGGGCAUAUCGAAUUGGAGCAUGUGCCGAGUGUUGAGCAGAAGGCUGACAUCCUUACCAAGCCAUUAGCAGGGAUUAUGUUCAAGCAAAUGAGGAGCUUAAUCGGAGUUCAAGAAAUUGAUCUCCCUAAUUCAAGUUGGAAUUAA